ACACAUCAGCGAAUUUUCAGGUGCUUAUUUUCUGAAUAACAGAAGAAAAAGAAAGAAGUGACAUAAAUUGUUAAGCAACACUGAAUCAAAGAAAAGUAAUGACUACCAAAUUUUUCGAACUAAUUGGUAGGGUGUGUGGAUCCAAUAUUAGGUGCGAAAUAUUUAUAUAAUUUCAUUAUAGUUUUCUUUUCAGCAACCGUUCGCUACAACUGCGGUAUUGGAGCAAUUUAAGUGCACAUUAAGUUCUCCAAAAGCGCUCUCAUUGUCGUCGCAUACGAAAACACGCAAACCUUAUAGUCAUUUCAUUCAUCCAGAAUUUUUACUGAAUUUCAAAAUUCAUUGCCCUAAUUCGAUACGUGUGAAGUUGAAGCUAUUUGAUAUGUUCGAUCGACCGGCACAGAAAUUCUAUGUCCGCUCAAUAGUGGCAGUUAUAAGUUGUAAUCUUCAAUUAGCGAGCAAAGUUAGCAAGGACUUGGAAUUUCGUAUGACCAUAAAAAAAAUUGAAUUAUUGCGGCUUGAAGAAUGGAUUUAAAUGAAAGUGGGCGAAGUGAAACGCUUCCAAAGAAAGGAGGAAGAUAGAGAGAAUUGUUAUGCCGUCUUUCCUGGGGCUUCUACGUAAGCGUUUCCUUGGGCUCGUCCUUUUUCGAAAUUGGGACCGAGAAUGCGGUCGAUUACGCGCUGUUGAGCGCUCGGCCCAACGUCGUCUGCAUCCUCAUUCGACUCGCUUGAUAUGUUUACUGGCCUGUUAUACAAUGCGGUGUUCCGGUGAUCAACCAUCACCAAGUAAACUGCCUCCUCAAAUAUUCUGUUGAACCCCAUCCUCGGCUUUAAUCAAAUAAACAGUAAAAUUAAUAAAUAAUAAUGUUAUGUAUCAAAUCUUACACAAACUUUAAAAAGUUUCAAACAGAGAACUCUGUGUUCACACGGGCCCGUUUUUACACAUCUUGGCGUGUUUUUCGUGUCUAUUUUCUGAAUAACAGAAGAAAGAAGAAGAAGAAGAUGUUUAUUAAAAGAUUUUAGAUUUUCUCGUUUAAAUAAAUUGCUUUAUUUUUUUGUUAGAUAAAUUCUUUACAGUCAAAAUGAGUUUUUUAAGGCCGAAAACGAAGAUAGAUGAAGGUGAUACUGUGAUUAUAUUUUUGGGUGUAAAUUCAAUGCACAGCAUCCAAGCGACUCCCACUGUUGUUAAUAGAAAAGGUGAAGAAGUCGAGCACAUUUUCCAAACGUCGUUUGGCGCCCUAAAAGUCCGGAGUAUAAUUGGACUGGAGUAUGGCAGUCAGGUUACACUAUCCAAAGGAUGGGCGUAUAUUUUGCAGCCAAAUCCUCAGCUGUGGACGCAAACUCUACCCCAUCGAACUCAGAUUAUCUACACUCCUGAUAUAAGUAUGAUUAUCCAUCAGUUGGACCUGCGUCCAGGUUCAGUGGUUGUUGAAUCUGGUACAGGAUCCGGAUCACUUUCACACUUUCUUCUACAUGCCAUCAAACCCAGCGGGCACUUGCACACAUUCGAUUUUCAUGAAGCACGAGCAAAACAGGCUCACGAUGAGUUUCAAAAUCAUGGUUUAAACGAUUUCGUAUGUGUUUAUAAUCGAGAUGUAUGUGAAUCUGGCUUUGGAACACAAUUAGAAGGAAAAGUUGAUGCAGUUUUUCUUGAUUUACCUGCGCCUCAACUGGCCGUGCCACAUGCUGUUAAGGUUUUUAAGAAUCAAGGCGGACGUUUUUGUUCGUUUUCACCUUGCAUUGAGCAAUCGCAAAGAUGCUGUGAGGCUCUUAAGAAUCAUGGUUUCACAGAAAUUCAGUCAUUGGAGAUUUUACAACAAGAAAAUCAAGUAAAAACGAAAUCAUUGUCUCUGAUAAAUUUGGAUUUUGUAAAACACAAGAAACCCUUAAAUUCAUCACCUGAGGAAAAGCAUUUACCGUCAAAAGAUGUAAUAAAAGUACUUACGACUUUUCAGCCGAUGACGCAUACAGGACAUACUGGUUUUCUUACCUUCGCCACAUUGCCGCCGUUCUUUGCUCGGUAGCUACUUGUUAUAAAUUUACGAUUUUUAUAA